AUGGACAUCGCGACGGGUCCCGAGUCCUUGGAGAGGUGCUUCCCGCGGGGCCCACCGGACUGCGCCAAGAUGCUGGACGGCAUUAAAAUGGAAGACCACCCCCUGCGCUCGGGGCCGGCCACGCUGGGAGUGCUGCUGGGGUCGGAGUGCCAGCACCAGGCCGUCUGCGAGGGCUGCCAGCGGCCCAUCUCGGACCGGUUCCUGAUGCGGGUGAACGAGUCCUCCUGGCAUGAGGAGUGCCUACAGUGCGCCGCGUGCCAGCAGGCGCUCACCACCAGCUGCUACUUCCGGGACCGCAAGCUCUACUGCAAGCAGGACUACCAACAGCUGUUUGCUGCCAAGUGCAGCGGCUGCAUGGAGAAGAUCGCGCCGACGGAGUUCGUGAUGCGCGCGCUGGAGUGCGUGUACCACCUGAGCUGCUUCUGCUGCUGCGUCUGCGAGCGCCAGCUGAGGAAAGGGGACGAGUUUGUCCUCAAGGAAGGGCAGCUGCUCUGCAAAAGUGACUAUGAGAAAGAGAAGGACUUGUUGAGCUCGGUCAGCCCAGACGACUCAGACUCAGUCAAAAGUGAUGAUGAAGAUGGAGAUGUUAAGCCCACCAAAGGCCAAGUAACCCAAGGAAAAGGAAGUGAUGAUGGGAAGGACCCAAGAAGACCUAAACGACCAAGGACAAUACUUACCACACAGCAGAGACGAGCCUUCAAAGCAUCCUUUGAAGUGUCUUCUAAGCCCUGCAGAAAGGUCAGAGAAACAUUGGCAGCUGAAACAGGGCUCAGUGUGCGAGUCGUCCAAGUCUGGUUUCAAAACCAAAGAGCAAAGAUGAAAAAGCUAGCACGAAGGCACCAACAGCAGCAGGAGCAGCAGAACUCGCAGCGACUAGGGCAAGAAGUAAUGUCCAACCGAAUGGAAGGGAUGAUGACAUCUUACACACCACUUGCACCACCACAGCAGCAGAUUGUAGCAAUGGAGCAAAGCAGUUAUGGCACAGACCCAUUUCAGCAGGGUCUUACCCCUCCACAAAUGCCAGGCGACCACAUGAACCCCUAUGGGAACGACUCCAUUUUUCAUGAUAUCGACAGUGAUACCUCUUUAACUAGCUUGAGCGACUGUUUUCUUGCCUCUUCCGAAGUUAACUCCAUGCAGGCUAGAGUAGGAAACCCCAUUGACAGGCUGUACUCUAUGCAGAGCUCCUAUUUCGCCUCAUGAAAGUAAAGAGAACUAACAGCCGGCGUGCGUGUAGCCAGUGACUUUUCCAGUGCAGACUCUACAGCCAUAUGUUGCCCAGCUCUUCCUUCACAGUGACUCUGCUGCCUCUGGACUGCAAAGAGCGUUUUUUUAGGAAGACUGUCUCUGUUUGCAUAUAUGUGUAUGUAUGUACAUAUAUUUUAAUA